ACGAGUUUCGUUUCCGUUCCAACAGACAUGCGUUUAUUUGUUUACAAAGGAUGCAAGAAUUUUGGCGGGAGACUUCUGUUAGUUAUUUGCUAACUAAUUUAUUCGUGUUUAAAUCUGGAAUAUAACUAUUGAGACAAAAGUAGCUUUGAAAUGAUGGUUUCUUAUUGAAUAUUUUUUAAAAACGGCAUAACGUUAUUCAUUUCGAACAUUUUAUCAUUCUGCAUAUGUUACCUGUUAUGUAAUAAUUGCCUUUUAUAACGAUAUCGUAAUAUGAAGGGGGUUAUGAUAUUUGACAAUUUAAAUGACUUAGUUUUUUCAGAUGUCGAUAUUGAAUUAUCAAAGCAUAUCCAAAAACUUGCGAUGAAAGAUGGCUUACUGGAGGGUUCUUUCUUUGGCAGUGUUGAACAAGAGAUGGAUAAAAACAUAGUUAUGCAGCUUUUUUCACCACUGAUAGCAUCAUAUAAAGUAAUGCAAGCACAAUUUGGUAAUCAAUAUAAGUACAUUGAAUCCGAAGAUGGUAUACUAUUAGUUUUUGAUGAAAUUUUGAACUAUAUUGCCAUUAGUAUAUGUCACAAGGAUGAGAAGCUGGAUGCAGUCCAAAAAGAACUAUCAUUAUUUCUUAUUUUUGUUGAAAUGUUAUUUGGUCCAUCACUGCAUAUGAUGAAAAGUGAUAUUUCUGUGUGCUGUGAUUUGUGCUCUCGGUCAGAUUUGGUUUCACUUAUUUUGGAAAAGUGGAGAGUUUUAAGUGCAGAACAGCAGACAUAUCUUGUGGAAGCCAUGGAGCGGCUCAUAGUAAAUCCAGAUAUUACUGCCAUGUGCAUUAAUUUGCUUCAAGAAGUUCUGGAAAAGAUACGGCACACUCAUAAAGAUGGAACUUAUUCUCAUGCCUUUUUACUGGUUGAUACAAAACUUGUAGCUUUAUAUUCAAGUCGUAAUGCAGGGCAGUUACCAAAGGAAACUCUUUUAUUAUUAACAUUAGUUGUUCAAGUUUUAAAAACUUCACCUUCACCCUCUAAAGUUGAAGAAGAGAAAAAGAAAGCCAUGGAAGAUGAGUUUUUCAUUCCUAUUUCCCCUCAAACCUUAAAAGAAACUAAGUUGAUUGCAGAAAAAAAGCGAAAAAGUUCUUCAAAGAAAAAGGCCCAUCUGGAGGAUGACCAAUCUGACAAAUUAAAGUCUGGAUCUCACACUUUAUUAGUCUACUUAAAAUCUCGAAACGGGGAUUUUGUCCCUCACAUUUUUUACAUUAUUGAAGUGACACCAAAAUUAACACUUGCCAUGCUCAAUGAAUUGACUGCCUAUAGCUUAGUAUCAAGUAAUGUUGCAACUUUUAUAAAACAGCUGGAUAACAUUCAAAACCAUCCUCUUUUACGCAGCCCUUUUGCCUCUUUUGAUGCAUUUGAAACAGAGUUUCGGAAUUUAAUUGAUGUCAUUUGGAAAUCAAAAACUUGUGCUGACAAAGAAAAGUAUAUGAAAAAACUUAUAUCAAAGUGGGAACAACUGAAACAUUGUGAAUUAGAAAAGGUUUUUAAAAUGCCAAAGGAUAAAAUUACAAAUCCACGAUUGGAAUCAGGACUUUCUUCUUGUUCAGAUGUGCUGAAAAAUUUCUUUGGGGAAUGUGUCGCAGCUCCAUGUCUGAAGUUUGAAGAGACAACUCAAAGUUCAGAAUAUCAAGAAGUUUUAAAAACUAUGCAGAGAAUCAGUGUAAAAAGAUUAGCUGAUGUUGCAGACUUUUUGGAAGUGAAGGCUAUGCAGAAUAUUACAAUGUCUUCAUAUAUAACAGAAUAUCCAGGAUUGAUACAUUUCAUAUACAUUGAUCGAAAUUCUGAUUGUUUGAUUGCCCCAAAUGUUAUUGUCAAGAAAGGCCAUCUAAAUGGCACACCUUCUUUGAAACAAAAAAUAUGGAAAAUGGUUUCAGUAGGAAGACGUUAUAUUGAUGGCAUAAAAAAUUUCUGUUCUCUUUGGAAAGAUGAUGAUCUUUACUUUUAUUACAACAUUUGGUUUGAAGAUUCAACUGGCAGAGUAAUAAAACCCACAGUUUAUCCAAAUCUGAAAAACUUCCCUAAAAAAGGAAUUAUCUGUGGAAAUUUUUACAAGAGACUUGUACAAGAAUGUUUCCCUGCUGCUUCUUAUAACCAUAUAUUUUGCUAUGAAUUUUUUUGUGUACAUCUGGAAUCUACUCCAGUAGAAGCUAUUGUUGAUAACAGCCACAAACUUUGCACACAAUUGUGGGAUUUCAGUGGAGCUUAUAGGACUUCUUUGGAUUUAUUGUGAUAUUUUACUGGCCUCUUUUACUUUUCAGGUGCAACAUUCCAGUGAUUAAUACCGGUUUUAUUGUAUUAAUAGAUAAUUAUCAACAGCUUUAAUAAUUGUUUAUAUAAUACCAUAUAUUUUUAUAGAGAGAUUGUUAGAUUUUUAUAAUUUUUUUUAUACAGUUUUUAUUGAUUUUUUAAAAAAAUUCUUGUAUAUUAGCUUUAUUAUGUUUAAAAAAUGUUAUGCAGCUUUUUUCAACUGUGUACACAUUAGGAAUAACUAAUUUAGAAAUGUUCAUCAUAUAUUAUUGUGUAAUUAAUGUAAGACAUCAGUCUGAACUAAUUUUUGCUACUUUUGAUAUUUUAUUUUUUGUUGACUUUUCUGUUUGCAUUUCUUUUUUGUUAUUAAAUGGUUUGAUAAGUACACAUUUCUUAAUUUUUUUUCUCUUCUUAAUUCAUGCCAGCCUAAUUGAUAAAAUUAUUCUUGAUUUUAUUUAUAUCUGCUAAUUCUGCAGGUUAAAAUUAAUACAAUUUAACUGAUGAAAUUAUUUAUGAUGUUAUAUAUUGAAACAAAAUUUAUGAGAAAAUGUAAUGUUUUUUUAAAGCUAACUGCACAGCUUCAUAUUAUUUCAAAUUUUAUUAAUUAUACUAUCCAUUAUGAUGUGAUAUGUUUGUUUUAUUCAAAAGUUGUAUAAAUAUUUUUUUAUUUGCAUUAUAUUCAAUUCACUAUACCUCUUCUAUUAAAAAUAUUGCAAAAUCAGACAAAUAUUGCACAAAAGAAUGAGGGAGAAAAACAUAUAUACAUGUAACACUUCAUUGAAUUAUCAUUUUAAAAUGCAUGUGAAAUAAUAUGAAUAUUUAAAAAUCAGUAUAUAUUUUACAUUGAUUACAUGGCAGAUUUGGCAGGUAAUAAAUUUUAACAAAUCCCAUAGUGAAAGCUGAGCAUUUUAUACGCUUAUUAUCUGAUGAAUAAACGGUUGGUUCAUUAUGUAUUAUUUAUUUUUUGAGAAAAGUAUAAAUUAUUAUGCUGCAAUAUCCUGAAGAUCUAAGAAUAUGUCUUUAGUCAAAAUAAUUUUAUUUUACUUAGAUAAAAAAAGCUUUGUUUUGAGCUAUUAAAGUGACUUAAAUUAAAUAUUUGCAUAAUUUUUAAAUUACGAAAAUAGCAAAAUUUAAAAUCAAAUGUGAAUAAAUAUAUUUCUUAGAAUUAUAAAAAAUUCUUAGUGAUUUUAUUCAAAAGCAAUUGCAGAACCCUCUAAAUGAAAAAAAGAUUAUCCUUAAAGAUUAAGUUUGUAAAUUUCAGUCAUAUAAUUCCAUGAAUGAAAAUCAAUCAGAAUUUUUUUUUACUACAGAUUGAAGCUUUAUUAAAUAGUUAACUUUUAAAGAAUAAAUUAAUUAUAUAUAUGCCUAUUUUCAGUCUUUGAAGCAUACUUUCCCAAGAUCAGAUUCAAGUUCUAAUAUUUCUCUGUGUCCCAAUCCCUUUGGAAUUGAUCCCUUAGUUUCAGUAUAUUCUGAUGAUUAUUUCUAUGACUUUAAAAAUAAUUUUUUUAUUUCUUCCCAUCAUAACACUCUUUCAAUGUUCUGGUACUCUUUUUUUCAUUGACGGUGCAUAGAUUUUAAAAUAUUAUUUGAUAUCAUGUGUGAAAUAACUAUCAGCCUUGAUAGUUAAAAUAUUUGAAACUAUUUUUAAAUUCUGAAAUAUCAAAAUGAAUACGAAGUUAAAUAAUAUUUGAGUGCUUCUUUAAAAAAAGUAAUCAAUGUAUAUAAUCUAAUCUUAUUUGUGUCUAUAAAAACAAAAGAAAGAGACAUCAUAUCAAUAAC